CGGCCGAAGCCGUUGCGGGUUGCCUGCCCCUCCAGAAAUUCGGUCAUCGCGUUCCAUCGUCUUCUACACAAGCUACAGCACACCACCAAGCUGAUUUUGUUUCCCAAGUCUACGAAACAUCUAACAUCCGAAAAUAACAACUGUUGUCAACAUGGCCGACAAAGACGUACCAGAGCUCACCCCCGCCGAAGAGGCCGCUGCCCGCGCCAAGGAGCAAGCCGAGCAGGAUGCUCUCCCCUACAAGUGGACGCAGACCAUUGGCGACGUCGACAUCACCAUCCUCGUCCCCGGUAACCUGAAGGGCAAAGACAUGGUGGUUGAGAUCAAGAAGCAGUCUCUCACAGCUGGUAUCAAGGGUCAAGAGCCUAUCAUCAAGGGCGACCUCCCCCACCCAAUCCUCCUCGACGACUCAACCUGGACGCUCUCCCCAGCUCCCAACAAUCAAAAAGCCCUAGAGAUCCAUCUCGAAAAGCACAACAAGCUCGAAUGGUGGCCGCACGUAGUCACCAGCGCCCCGAAAAUCGACGUGAGCAAGAUCGUGCCCGAGAACAGCAAGCUAUCGGACCUGGAAGGCGAGACGAGAGCGAUGGUGGAGAAGAUGAUGUACGACCAAAGACAAAAGGAGAUGGGAUUGCCGACGAGCGACGAGCAGAAGAAGAUGGAUAUUUUGAAGAAGUUCCAGGAACAGCAUCCGGAGAUGGAUUUUAGUAAUGCGAAGAUUCAGUAGGGUGGUAGAGG